AUUGAUGGCGCCCCAGCCUUUCCCAGUCUUGGCAAUGGAGUCAGCUGGGUGAGAGAGUGGGGCGCUUUCAGAACUGUCUUGCCAGGUGCAAGUUGGGUGGAUUGUCCCUGCGUUCUUUGUUUGUCGGCAGGAGCUGAAAAGAAUUGAGCUGGAAGAGCUCUCUCAGUCUCUGCAACAGUCUCUUUGGUGGCACUCAUUGUAAGUUGCGGUUUAAGCAGGCAGCCUUUGCUACAGCUGUCGCUUUUGCAUCGGGGUUACUGCUAUCAAUCGGUGGAGAGCGGAACGAGCGUCAACUUGCCGUAUUCUCCAAAUCCUUGAACCCGCUUAUUUCUGACUAAUUUGAAGACGUGCUUGAAGCAGUUUGUUUGAAGCAUGGGGCAAACCCUUAGCAUGUGCAGCAGCCAGGCAGUGGUGCGGAGAGUUGAAGACGCAGACUUGGAGAAUGAGGAUGGCAUGUUUGGUCUACGGACCUUAGUCGUGGCGUCCGAGCAGGAGUCCAGCGAGUCCGAGGAGGGCAGCAGCCUAAGCUACCCAAUUUCGAGCAGAGACUCCGCUUAUGAGACAGCGGGGAGUGACGAAGAAGUCGCAGAAACUGACGACUCUCAAGGGGAUCAGGACCUGAUUAACAGCAUGCUGCCCAAUGAGAUACUGUGGCUUAUCUUCACCAAGCUUGAAGAGCCCCGUGAUUGGAGCGCCUCGGCGGUGGUCUGCCGCAAAUGGCUGAGCCUACUGCCUUCUGUGAUCGCGUGCGCCCCGAGCCCCGAUGACCUCACCCUUUGCAAGAAGGAGCGCCGGCGGCGGCAGGCCCUCCAGCGGCAGCUGGAAGAACGCCGAGUCAUUCUCGCAGGCCCGGUUGUCAGUGACACGCGCUUGCUCGCCCUCUCGGUCGGCGCGCACGGCAAGAACCGCCUGUCCAAGAUUGAGUUCGUCGACUGUCCCAAGAUCACUGACACCGGAUUCUCGGCGCUGGCGUCGGCCUGCAAGGACCUCCGUUUGGUGUCAAUCUCGGAAUGCGGGCAGCUCUCGGGGGAGGCGUUUGCGGCGAUCGGACACUGCCAAGGGCUGGAAGUUUUGCGCCUGCACGGGGCGGGAAUCUCGGACUCCGCGCUCGGGAAAGUCGCGCAGGGCUGCGCGAUGCUCCAAGAGCUGUCGCUGUCUGAUUGCACAGCUGUUGGGAACGAGGGUCUGACGCACGUCGCGGCGGGGUGUCGACGAUUGAAGCGUUUGGAAUUGAGCGGGCAGAGCGGCCUGACUGACACUGGGCUUAAGGCGAUGGAGAUCCCCACGCUCAAGCACUUGCUGCUGAAGCGGAUGCGCGGCGUGACGGAAACCGGGCUCGUGAGCUUUGUCCAGGGACCCAGCAGUCGGAAAUUGCGGACGCUGACCCUCAGCCGGAGCCCUGCGGCGACGGACGAGGCCCUGUCGCAGGUCGCGCGGCACGCCGUGAGCCUGCGCGCGAUCACCCUCUCGCGCUGCUCGCGCGUCACCAACAAGGCCCUCCAGGAGAUCGCCUUGCGCAGUCCCUCGCUGCAACACCUGACCCUACUCUGCUGCCCGGGUAUUGGCGACCAGGGUCUAGAGUUUGUGCUCAGCAGACGGUCAGACACGCUCGAGAAGCUGUGCGUGAGCAAGUGCAAGGGCGUGAGGGACGGCCAGGCGUUGGCGCUUGCCGGGCCGUGCAACUCGAUGCGCGUGCUGGAGCUGUCGGGGCUACCGCAUAUGACGGACAAGUGCCUGGCGGCGGUCGUGCGGGCGUGCCCGAACCUGCAGGAGGUGGACUGUUCAAAGAGCCCAAAGGUGGGAGACGUGGGAGCGAUGGCGCUCGCGCAGACUUGCAGUCGUUCCCUCAAGAACGUGUCGUUUCGGGGGUGCAGCAAAGUCACCGACAAGUCUCUCGCGGCGCUCUCCUUGUGCAAGUUGAAGGUCCUGGUGCUCUCGGGGUGCAGCAUAAGCGAUACUGGGCUCGUUGGCCUUAUGAGGUCAACAUGUGGUCGGAACUUGAUAAGCCUGUCGGUCUCAAAGUGCGUCCACGUCACUGACGCGUGCCUGCCGCAGCUCGUUAACAACUUGAAGAAUCUCUGGUCUCUGGACAUCCGAAGAUGUCCGCAGAUCACGAGGCAAGGGAUUAGGCUGCUGAAUACGGGCCGGUUUGGCGCUAAGUGCACGAUUCUGGAUUCCCACCAUAGUAGUGCUUCCGGUUGCGAGAAGGCAGGUGUAGAGUGUGCAAGCGGAAUGAGUUCUCCGUCAUCUCAAACGGAAUGCCGGACGAAUAGGAAGAGAAGUGUCACUGCGGAGAAGCCGUGCAGCAGGCCGCACUCGCAGCGAGCGUCAUGGAAGAUUCUAAUGCAGUAGAACACACCACUAUAUAGAGUAUACAGAGUGCAAAGUACCGGCUUUUAAGGGGUUAAAUAUUUCCAAGAAGCAAUGUGUCCUCAAGUUGGCCAAUUCCUUGUUGGCAACCACUUUUGAAUGGUGUUGGUCAGGGCAAUAUGUUCGCCUGGCCUUCUUUUGACCGAGUAUGGAG